UAUAUCUGGUUUCAGUCUGCAUAAUGUUCGACUGUGGCUUGAAAUCACACUACAUGGGUGGCCAGCAAGAGAAGUUUGUGAGGCUGGACGAUUUGGACUCUAGAGUAUCAUCAUCUUCUGAUACAGGAAUGAAGAAAUGUGGAUUCAACAUUGAGGGGUUGAGCCGAUCCAGCCACACAAAUAAUGCCAAAUCUAAGUCCUUCAAAACUGGAAUGCAAAAGGGAUCUGAAGGACUUAAGUCAAUUGGUCGUUCUCUUAGAUUUGGAGUUUCUAGGGCAGUGUUCCCUGAAGAUUUAAAAUCAUCGGAGAAAAAGAUAUUUGAUCCUCAAGAUAAAUUCCUACUGUAUUGGAAUAAGCUCUCUGUCAUAUCAUGUAUUAUGGCAAUAUAUGUGGAUCCCUUUUUCUUUUAUCUUCCUGUCGUUAAUGCUUCUAGUAACUGUAUUGGCAUAGACAGAAAAUUAGCCAUCACUGUCACCACAUUGAGAACCGUUGUCGAUACUUUCUAUCUCAUACACAUGUUCCUCCAAUUCCGAACUGCUUAUAUUGCUCCAUCAUCCCGGGUUUUUGGACGCGGCGAACUUGUGAUAGAUCCUGCCCAAAUAGCUAAACGGUACUUGCGGCGGUACUUCAUUGUUGAUUUUCUUGCUGUUCUACCCCUGCCUCAGAUUGUUGUCUGGAGAUUCCUUCGGAGAUCGAAUGGUUCAGAUGUAUUAGGGACAAAGAGGGCUUUGCUUUUCAUCGUGUUUGCGCAGUAUGUUUUUAGAUUUCUUCGCAUCUUUCCGUUGACUUCAGAACUAAAAAGGACUGCGGGAGUUUUGGCUGAGACUGCCUGGGCUGGAGCUGCAUAUUAUUUGCUACUGUAUAUGCUUGCCAGUCAUAUAGUUGGGGCAUUAUGGUACUUGUUGGCUGUGGAACGAAAUGAUACAUGCUGGCAGGAAGCUUGCACUGGAACCUGCAAGAAGGGUUUUCUUUACUGUGGCAAUGAAGUAAUGCCUGGUUAUAUUGACUGGUACAACACAAAUGCAAGCUUGCUCAAUACUAGUUGUACGGCAGAUGGUGAGAACCCACCAUUUGAUUAUGGAAUCUACCAAUCGGCAAUUUCAUCGGGAAUAGUGUCGACCACGCAAUUCAUCUCAAAAUACUGUUAUUGUUUGUGGUGGGGGCUGCAAAAUUUAAGUACACUAGGGCAGGGGCUUCAGACCAGUACCUACCCUUGGGAAGUGAUAUUUUCGAUUUCAUUAGCAAUUCUGGGUCUCAUCCUAUUUGCUCUCCUGAUUGGUAACAUGCAGACCUAUCUUCAAUCUCUUACUAUCCGGCUUGAAGAGAUGAGAGUCAAGAGGCGUGAUUCAGAACAGUGGAUGCAUCAUCGACUGCUACCACCAGAUCUUAAGGAAAGAGUUAGACGCUAUGACCAGUAUAAGUGGUUAGAGACAAGAGGGGUGGACGAAGAAGCGUUGGUUCAAAGUCUACCAAAGGAUCUCAGGAGAGAUAUCAAACGUCAUCUUUGUCUGGCUCUGGUUAGGAGGGUUCCUCUCUUUGAAAAUAUGGAUGAAAGACUACUUGAUGCAAUUUGCGAGCGUCUCAAGCCCAGCUUAUUUACCGAAAGCACGUUCAUAGUUCGGGAGGGGGAUCCUGUUGACGAGAUGCUCUUUAUAAUUCGUGGCCGCCUUGAGAGUGUAACUACAGAUGGUGGCAGGAGUGGUUUUUUCAAUCGCAGCUUGCUUAAAGAAGGGGAUUUCUGUGGUGAGGAGUUGCUAACAUGGGCCCUAGAUCCCAAGUCUGGCUCCAACCUCCCAUCCUCCACACGAACUGUCAGGGCAAUAACUGAAGUAGAGGCUUUUGCCCUAGUAGCUGAGGAGCUGAAGUUCGUGGCUAGUCAAUUUCGUCGGCUCCAUAGCAGGCAGGUUCAACACACGUUCCGGUUCUAUUCGCAGCAGUGGAGGACUUGGGCCGCUUGCUUUAUUCAGGCAGCAUGGCGGCGAUAUUCCAAGAGGAAGAGCAUGGAACUCCGCCGAAAGGAGGAGGAAGAAGAAGUCGAAGGGUCUGAUGGGACACGCAAAAAUGCCGGUACUGGUGGUUCUUAUAGCAUUGGUGCAACCUUCUUAGCUUCCAGAUUUGCGGCAAAUGCACUCCGUGGGGUUCAUCGGAAUCGGAUUGCCAAGAGUGCAAGGGACUUGGUGAAACUGCAGAAGCCUCCCGAACCUGACUUCACUGCCGAAGAUGCAGAUUAGAUUUGUUGUACAAUAACUACUUGAUUGAGACGUGAUGCUGAUUGUGUAUCUGAUUAUAUUUGCUCAGAAGGCUCAAGAUGACGUAUGCUUCCAUAAGUUAUAGCUUGGCAUUGUAUCUAAUGGAUUGCCGGUUGAACGUAGUUUUAUCACUUGUCUUUUUUAUCUCGAAUCAAAGCUAUGUAUUUGUUUCAA